CUGUAACCUCUGAUUUCACAUGUUUUCCUUGGCGUCCGCGAGGCCGGGCGAAUAAUAAUAACAGGAAUGGCCGCCUUUGAAUGAAAUACGCGGUAUCGUCGAGCUACGAGCGAAGCGACUGGCGUACGUAUGCAGAGCAUGAACAGACGCAACGCCUUAAUGGCAGCUAUAAAUCCGAGCGAGCCCCCGGCCCUGCGAGAGACACGAGAUGGCAAGGGCAACUCAUAAUCGACAAGAUUUCGACCAGUUACCGACAGCUCGGAUCAGAUCCCAUCAGCUGAAUCCAUGAACCGACUCGCACUCUCACAGACGACGGGAAGGUAAAGCGUGGUCGCACAGGCGAUCAGGUGAUGCGAACCUGAGACUCAUCUCCUUGAGCUCGUUCGUAUUCUUUGGCUCGAGGCGUCGGAGUAAUGAGUGCACCGUCUGCAGUUGAUGGAUGGAUAGAUGACCCAUCCAUUCAUGUGCAGGGGGUCGAUGCAGAGUGAGUGAAUGUCCGGGUCAUCAUAAGUACGUCGUCCAGAGUGUGCUAUAUUGUGCGCAUGGAUUUGGGGAGGAGCUGAUUCAGCUGAAGACGGGCAGAAUAAAACUCGAUUUUUUGAAGGGUACUGUCAUAGUGUUUACUGUGGGAUUUAAGGGGGCAUUUAUGUGGUAACUGAAUCUGGAGUUAUGAGUUUGUUCGUUUCAAAAGCUUCGUGUUUGUUUGUGGUGUUUUGUGGAAAAGGUAGAGAGAGAGAGAGAGUAGGACUUGUGGCCGAUCAGUCCUCAGCUGCUGCUAAUGCUUGGGUUUGAGUUGGUCCUGUGUAUCUGUCUGUUUAUAUAUCAUCAGUGACCGGC